AUGUCACUGCUAGGGGAUGAAUCAACCGGGGAUUCAGACCUUUAUAGCGAUGAAAUACCGGUGAAUGAAUUGGUCUACUCGUUCGACUGGUCGAAAACUCCAUUGGGGCCGAUGAGCAGUUGGGCUCCUUCCUUAAAGUCGACUGUGGACCUAUGUUUACAUUCCGUUUUCCCCAUCGCUGUUUAUUGUGGUCCAGAAUUAAUCUUAAUAUAUAAUCAAAGUAAGCUUUAA